AUGGCCGCAUUCUGGAUUCGCAGUAGUAUUCCCGCCGGCCCUUCAAGUAGUUCUCGAUCUUCUAAUAGGAAUCCAAUUAACCGUCACUGUGAUCUUGAAAAUGAAUUGAUUCCUAAUCAUCCUUUGAAUACUAACGAGAAAACCCCCCUCCUCAGAAGGCAAGAUGUUCAUAGCUAUGGCGCUUCGGAGUCGACCUCUCUCUUGUCGCCUCCACCACCGCAACCAGACCCAGAACAGAACAUAAAAUCCAUCCCGCGCGAUCUUCACCGUCUUCGAAUUCGUAAACUAUUAUUGGCACUUAUUUGUAUAACCCUUCUCACUCCGCUGUACACAAUCGCCAGGUGCAUUUCCCCCGGCUGGCCAUGGCCCUCCCCUAAUCCCCGCCCACCUUCAGUACCCUGGAGGUACUACUCUCGUCAAUACAUGUACGGUCUUACCCCAAACACUACAUUAUCAAGCUACACCCUCUCCGUCCACGAAUUCAUAAAUCCCGAUUUAUUUCCCCUCGGCGUUACAGGCUCCGUCAAACUCCUAACAGGAAAACCAACCCAAUCCCACAACCUCCUUGUCUACAUCCAAGUCUAUUCCAACUUCGCCUCACCCAUAAACUGCAUCCAAACGAAUCGAAUAAUAACACCGGGACAAACCGAGAAUAUCACCAUAACCUCCAUCCCAAACCUCCAUCCAGUAAACCGUAAACCCACGGAAUUCCACGACUUUCAAACAUUUGUAAAUGUUUGGGUUUACACCCGUCCCGAGGCGAGGAAAUUAGGACAUGUUUCGAUUUCUACAAACCUUUUGGAUAUUGAGAUUCCGGAAUCAGGAGCGAAACUUGAAACUGAAAAGUUAUCGUUGUCUUCUGUGUAUAAGAGUAUUUCGAACCGUUUCCCCGUCAGCACACCUGGGAAGGAAGUGGACCCGCUAUUUGCAAACCACAUAUCGCUAUAUUCCCGUUUUAAUUAUAUAAUCGGAAACUGGGGAUACGGUCUUUCAUAUUCUGCCACGGCUUCGGAGGGUAGUGUUGAUAUUCGGCUUUACCCUAAACUAAUAAGUUGGGGCAAAUACACACCCGCGGAUAUCAAUAUAGUCGCAAAACACCAUAUCUUUAUCCUAACACCCUGGUUUAAAGAUCAAUUGUCGCUUCGGAACACUUCUAUAUCGAUGCUAUCCCACAAAGGGGAUAUUAAUGCCCAGUUAGUCACGGGUUCAUUUACGAAUCUUACGGCGUUAGAAGGGAAUAUUUGGAGUAAUAUGCUACCAUAUUGGGGAAUCAUCGCUGAUGGUAUAUCUCCAACGAACACUCCAAAAAUCAACACCUAUUCAAAAUUCAACUCUACACUCAGUAUUGACAGACCGGUGGAUGUUGGUGGGUUGGGGGAUGAUCCGUUUGAGAUCAUGGUUGGAAAGCAUGUAGCUGAGGAAGGGAUGAUUAGUGUGAGAUAUCCGGAUGGGUUUUGGAAGGGAAGAGUUGAUGUGCAGAGCCUCUGGGGCAGGGCUGAGAUUUUGGGGAUUGACAGGAAGGAGAGAGAUGAGGUCGUGAGAGAAGCAGAUGGGAAGGUUUAUCUGAAGGGACAGAAUUUGGUGAGCUUUGCUGAUGUGGUUGGAGGGAAGAAAGCGGUGUUUGAGUUCUGGGAGGGGAGUCCGGCGAGGUUCUUUCAUCGAGAUUAUUUUUGA